AUGGACCGCUUCCAGGACGGGCACCACGUGCGGCUGCGGAGCCUAGUGCACCGCACCUACCUCCACGCCGCCGACGACGGGGAGAGCGUCACCCUCAACCAGGUCCACGGAUCCCUGAACGCGGCGUGGGCGGUGCACAUCUACAACGGCGGAGACGACGAUGCUGUCGGCUGCGACUACUUCGGCGGCCCGCGUCUGCUCCUCCACAGCGCCGCCUACGGCCGCUACCUCGCCGCCACGGCCACGCCGGCGAGGCUCGGCCACCGGGGCCUCCGCGCGGAGCUGCGCGACUACGACCAGCCGGGCGUGGAGGCCUUCAUGUGGCAAGCCGUGGAUUCGGGCUUCGGGGACGACGUCGUCCUGCUCCGCAACGUCGGCGGCCGCUACCUCCGCGCCAACGGCAGGUUCCUCCGCUGGAACGCCGGCGUCAGCGUCGACAACAGCGUCAGCUCCAUGAUGUACUGGGUCGUCGAGCCCAUCCCCGCCAGAGAGGACAUGCCUGCCCUUCCUGCCCCGCCUCCGAAUCCCCCAUACGGAUACCUUCUCGGGGUCAUCCACCUGGAGCCGGCACGGCUGAUCCGGUUCGUGCGAGCGCUCGACAACGGGCACUUCCCCGACGACCCCGAGCACGAAGCCUGGCGCCAGUUCUGGUUCCGGGGGAGGUCCGCGUUUCGCCUGAGGAACGACCUGCGGUUCCUCGUCGGCGCCGGCGUGUACUACCGGAACAUCGCCAUGUGCGUCCGAGCGGGUCGCUACGGGAGGCUGACCCCGCUCGUCGUCGACCUGCCCGACGGCGGCUAUGGCGAGACCCUCGAGAUUGUCCUCAUCCGGGCCGAGACCCCUGCCUACAAUGGGCUGCGACACCCAGAUGUCAACGCGGAGUAG